AUGGGUCGGGACAUCCCAGAAGUCCCUGGGACAGCCCUGUUCCUUGCUGUGUGGCCCUGCUGCCCGGGGGUCCUGCAGGGUGUCCCCCAGCCCAGCCCCGUGUCCCUCCCUGCCAGGAGGAAGCUGGACCUGUUUGCCAACGUGGUGCACGUGAAGAGCCUGCCGGGAUACCAGACCCGGCACAACAACCUGGACCUGGUGAUCAUCCGGGAGCAGACCGAGGGCGAGUACAGCUCCCUGGAGCACGAGAGUGCCAAGGGGGUGAUCGAGUGCCUCAAGAUCAUCACGCGCGCCAAGUCCCAGCGCAUCGCCAAGUUCGCCUUCGACUACGCCACCAAGAAGGGCCGGGCCAAGGUCACCGCUGUGCACAAGGCCAACAUCAUGAAGCUGGGGGACGGGCUGUUCCUGCAGUGCUGUAAGGAGGUGGCAGAGCUGUACCCCAAGAUCAAAUUCGACACCAUGAUCAUUGACAACUGCUGCAUGCAGCUGGUGCAGAACCCGUACCAGUUCGACGUGCUGGUGAUGCCCAACCUGUACGGGAACAUCGUGGACAACCUGGCGGCGGGGCUGGUGGGCGGCGCGGGCGUCGUGCCCGGGGAGAGCUACAGCGCCGAGUACGCCGUGUUUGAGCUGGGCGCCCGGCACCCCUUCGCCCAGGCCGUGGGCAGGAACAUCGCCAACCCCACAGCCAUGCUGCUGUCGGCCUCCAACAUGCUGCGGCACCUCAACCUGGAGUACCACUCCAACCUGAUCUCGGACGCAGUGAAGAAGGUGAUCAAAGGCGGCAAAGUGCGCACGGCGGACAUGGGGGGCUACUCCACCUCCAUGGAUUUCACCCAGGCCGUGAUAGCUGCCCUGGAGGGGUAGUGCUGGGGUAGUGCCCCUCCCGGCUCCUGCCCUGCCCACCCGGUAAAUCACUCCUUCCCUCCAAUAAAGUGGCCUCAGGCGUGA